AUGUUCGGACGCACGAACGAUCCACUCAUCAUCGCACCGCUGGAGCAAGCCGGCCAUCGAGGAUACGCGAGGCCGAUCCUCUGCUUUCCGCUCAACCCCAGCUACGACCAAGAUGAGGUGGUGCGAGUUUUACGAGAGGGCUUGGAAGCGACCAAAGAGCAAGUUCCGUACCUCGCAGCAGAGGUAGUUCGAGUGGAUGAGCCCGAGGCUAAGCAGAAAGGCUGCCUCACGCUAGAAGAGACGGACGAUUUGGGCGAGCUACACGUGAAGAAAUUGGACAAGAGCGAAUUCCCCCUCAGCUACGACGAAUUCCGCGCGAAGAACUUUCCGAUCAACCUCCUAAAGCAGGACGUCGUCAGCCCGUUGCCCCUCUUCCCUAAGGAAGGCGACCGGGUCCCCGUCUUUGCGGCGCAAGCCAACUUCAUCGAGGGCGGGCUGCUGCUAAGCAUAUGCAGCUACCACCUCGUUGCCGACGGCUUCUCAAUAGCAAAGUACUUCCAGAUCUGGGCGCAGAACUGCCGCAAGCUGCAGACGAGCACCAGCCGCGACUCCGUCUUCCUCUCGUCGUCAGCCUUCGACAGCGCGCCGCUGUUCUUCGGUCACCUGUCGGAUCCGAAUAAAUGCGACAUCAAGCACCACUCGGAGCUCGUCCUCAACGAUACGUCGCUGCCGCAGAGUGUGCGCAUCCCCUCGACACAGCGCAACUUCUGCGCACGCAUCUGGCACUUCACCCCCGACGCGCUCUCACGACUGCGCGUCGACGCCAGCGUGCCGGGCCAGCCCAAGGUGAGCGCCGAAGAAGCGGUGGCGGCGCUGAUAUGGCGCUGCACCGUUGCGGCGCAGCUCUCCCCCGACGCCGUGGCCGCGUCCCCACAGCAAAUCUCCCACGCUACCCUAGCCAUCUCCAGCCGCAUGCGCACCUUUCCCCCCUUGGCCCCCGACUACAUGGGCUGCCCGCUCGUCUACGCAUCAGCCGCGGCGCCCCUGGCCGACCUCGUGCACCGAAGCGAGUCGGACGAAGCGGCCGAGGCCGCGCUGCUGCAGACGCUCGCGCGCAAGGUCAAGAGCGAGAUCGAAAGCGUGACGGCGCACCGCGUCGCGAACCUGGUCAACACGCUGCAGUCGGCCAGCGUGCCCGACUACGAGCGCCUGGCGCCCGUGUCGUGGUCCGGCCUAGGCCAAAACAGCCUCUUUAUUUCGAAGUGGAACGAGAUGCCCUUCUACGAGGCCGACUGGGGCGCCAUGUUCAGCACCGCCGGCGGCGAAGUGAAUGGCGAAGAAGGCGCUGCUGCUAGCGGUUACUGCGAGCGCAUACGCACCGUUGCUGAGGGCAUGCUGAAUGGCGUGCAGAUGAUCUUGCCGACCGUGCCUAAGAAGAAGGGCGUUAACGGGAAGGAUGGCCUCGAGGUUAUGAUGGGCAUGGAGGCGGGCAAGCCGCUGGAGACGCUGGAAAAUGAUCCCGUGUGGUUGAAGUACGCUUUGCCGGCUUAG